CCAGGGUAUAAAGUGGAUAAAGUGUUGGGGAUAACUUAAACUCCCGCUCAAAAUUUCCAAUGGCUAAGGCGAGCUUCUACUCCUCUUCACUGUCUUCACCUUUUGUGAGUUCGAUUGGGCGCCCCAAUCUGCUCCCGGCGCACAUCAGCGUCCCCCGUUGCUGUUCUCAGCAACCCUCUUCGUCUCCUCUCGCCACAACCCUUGCAGAAAUCCAUAAUUCUGGAGUCAUCGCUUGUCUUCGCGCCAAAAGUGCAGAGCUGGCAAUGGAAGCUGCGCUUGCUGCACUUAGAGGUGGCAUCUCGGUUUUGGAGAUUGUCAUGUCCACCCCUGGUGUGUUUGAGGUUUUACAAGAAUUGGUGAGGGGCCAUCCUACAUCUAUUAUUGGAGUUGGGACUGUUUUAAAUACAAUUGAUGCCAAAAAUGCCAUAAAAGCUGGGGCUAGGUUCCUUAUGAGCCCUGCAAUGGUCAAGGACAUUCUGGAUGAUGUCCGAGGUGAGGAGGUCCUUUAUAUCCCUGGAGUAAUGACACCAACGGAGGUAUUGAAUGCACACAGUGCCGGUGCAAUAACCGUCAAGGUUUACCCUGUUUCAUCAUUAGGUGGUGCUCAAUAUAUAUCGGCAUUGAAGAAACCAUUCCCUCAUAUCCCAAUGGUUGCAUCUCAGGGCAUUACAGUAGAAUCCUUAGGGACAUAUAUUGCGAGAGGAGCUUCAGCAGUCGUCUUGUCUGAUGCUAUUUUUGGGAAAGAGGCAAUGGAUCAACAGAAUUUUGAUGCUAUCCGUCAACUUGCUCAGCUUGCAGUUUCACGGGGUGAUGAAGCCGUACAAAGGAGGAAAUUGAGAUUGUUCAAUUGAUUGCUUCAUGCUCGGCCAGCAAUUCUGCUGUAUCAUCUAUGUCAAGGUUUCUUGUGGAUUCACUGGAGAUGUGGUUCAGGGAUCAAAAUGAUGCAUUGCUCCUGGAAACUGUGCUUAUACACAAUCCAGAAUGGGGUAAAAUUUGACACCUUAAUUGGGGUUUCAUGCAACUUAUUUUUCUCCUAAUUCAUAGGUUUUAUAAAACCUUCAUGUUUAUGACUUAGUUGCUGCCAAUAUAUUAUGUAUAUUAGGAGUUCUGU